AGCUCAUCAAACCAUUAGGCAAACCAUAAUUGAAUAGGCGAAAAGGUAUUACGAACAUUUCGGGGUAUUUUUAACUGCAAGUCGAACAUCUUUUAAUAGCACUGACUUCUAUAAAUUCGAGCCAUUUAAAUUCAUCGCCCUGUCCGGCGAAAAGUGUGCAAUUUGCGCUGUUUCCACAGUCCGUUCCAGUGAGUCGACCGUAUCGCACAUACGAACUUUUUGCUGCAGCUGUCAAUUAAAAAUAAAUAGUAAAUAAAUCGGCAAAAUGUUCUGUGCCCUCACUUUCGUUGGCGUCUACGCCCUGUUGUCUUAUCUGUACGAGCAGCUAAGAACGCCGUACAAGUUGCUCAAAGCCAGGUAUUUCAGCGAUACUAGGCCCACCAUCAAGGAGCGUUUCGGAGAUUGGGCCGCUGUCACGGGGGCCAGCGAUGGAAUUGGCAAGGAAUACGCCAAGGAGCUGGCCCGCCAGAACAUCAAUGUGGUCCUGAUCGCCAGAAACGAGGAGAAACUCCAGGCGGUUGCCAAGGAAAUCGCGGAAAGCGGUGCUGAUGUUCAGACUAAGAUUGUGAUAGCUGAUUUUACAAAGGGAUCGCAGGUCUAUGAGCACAUAGAAAAGCAAACCGCCAAUAUACCCAUUUCUAUACUUGUAAAUAACGUUGGAGUCGGCAAGCCGUCAUCAGUGCUGAAAUGGAAUCAGGAAGACACCCAAGAAAUCAUCGAAACCAACGUGGUGGCAGUUUCCCAUCUGUCACGCAUCUUCUUCCAGCGCAUGAAGGCGUCCAAGAUCAGGGGAGCCAUUGUCAAUGUGGGUUCCGGUUGGGAGCACCAGCCCCUGCCCUAUGCCGCCUAUUACGCCGCUUCGAAGGCGUACACCCGUAGUUUAACCCUGGCUUUGUGCCAGGAGGCGAAGCCGUAUGGCAUCCAUGUGCAACUGCUGUCCCCUAACUUUGUGGUCACCAAGAUCAAUUCGUACUCCAGGAAGGUCAUGAAGGGAGGUCUCUUCAUCCCAUCGGCUUCGGCUUAUGCCAAGAGUGCGGUUAAUCUCCUGCGCGACGAAGUGGACGAGACUACUGGUUACCUGUGGCACCAAGUCCAAAAUGCUGUGGGCUCCGUCUUCACCUGGCGAGUGCGAACCUAUGUAGCCUGUAAAUUGUUCCCAAAAAUAUCCGACAUAAAAUAGCUCAAAAUAAAUAGUGUAAAAACCCCUUUGUGUCAUCGACAGCUAUUAAACCAGCCCAUUUGAGGGCGCAGCAUAACUAUA